AGUCCAGAACACACAACGACAUGCUACACGGAGUUAGGGUGUGAGUGUGUUGUGUGCCUCUUUAGGCGAGAUAAGCUGGCUCUGUUGGACAGCCAGGAGAGUUUUAAUCAGCAGAGAGCACAACUUUUCAAUGAGAACAACCGCCUGCUGAGAAAACUAGAAGAUCUGGAGAGGUAGGCUAUUUUCACUCUUUGAAAAAGGGUUCCAAAAGGGUUCUUCGGCUGUCCCCAUAGGAUAACCCUUUUUGGUUCCUGGUCGAACCCUUUUUGGUUCUGGGUAGAACCCUUUUUGGUUCCACGUAGAACAGUCUGUGUUAAGGGUUCUACGUGAAACUCAAAAUGGUUCUACUUGGAACUAAACUUCUUAUUCAAAGAGUUCUCCUGUGGUAACAGCCAAAUAACCCUUUCAGGUUCUAGAUACCGUAGCACUAAAAGUGUACCAUCAUAAAGAUACAACAACGUAGAACAAACAUCACUUCAGAGCAAUGGUUGUCUGGCUUCUUCUUCUCCAUGGCAGGGUGAUCUCUAGCUCUCCCCACACUAACAGCAGUAGUAACUCUGGUCUGUCCAUGCAUGGUGCCUGGGGUGGGGCCAACCACCACCCUGUGCCCUAUCCCUGCAGAUACAACAACAUGCCUGACCCAACGAUGGGUUACCCCUGGCACCCUGUCCUGUACUGCUGUGGCUGCUCCCCUGAGAGUGGCCUCAAUGGCCAACAAUGUGGCCAGGGGCAGAGGCAGGGAUAUGGAAUAACUGAGAAGGAUGUUUACAAGGCUACACCUUACCAGGAAAUGACUGGUCCACAUCCACCAAUGAGAAUUCAGGUAGUGCUGCCCCCUAUCCAGGACGGACCCCCACAGCAAGUUGGCCGAGACCCAGCAGAGAGCACCCAGACUGAGCCGCAGCACAUAGGUCCUGCCCCUGGAGCACUUCUACCUCGCAGGAAGACAUGCCGGGCAGUGUGUAAGGGUUAUGCUGAGCGGUACCAGGAGCAAAGGGGUGUCAAAGCCCAGAAGGCCCAGAAGUCAAAUGUUAGGGCUGAUCCCACUAUCCCCACCCACACCACCCUGCCCAACAUCACACACCCUGCCCUACAUUCCACACCCUGAGAGGAGA